GUCUUUUUAUUAUUCUUACCCCUCUCAGUAUUUGGCGUUAAUCUCAGGCUUCCAUUUCUCUCAUUCUCUCUCUACAUCUCUCUUCAUUAGAUCCCUCUUUCAAAAGCUUCUUUCAGGGAUCAUCAACAAGAAGGGGAAAUGGGGCUAACAUUCACCAAGCUUUUCAGCCGGCUUUUCGCCAAGAAGGAAAUGCGAAUUCUCAUGGUUGGACUUGACGCAGCUGGUAAGACCACCAUAUUGUACAAGCUCAAGCUGGGGGAGAUCGUCACUACUAUUCCUACCAUUGGUUUCAAUGUGGAAACUGUUGAGUACAAGAAUAUCAGCUUCACUGUUUGGGAUGUUGGGGGUCAGGACAAGAUUCGUCCAUUGUGGAGGCACUAUUUCCAGAACACUCAGGGUCUCAUUUUCGUGGUUGAUAGCAAUGACAGAGACCGUGUUGUUGAGGCAAGAGAUGAGUUGCACAGGAUGUUGAAUGAGGAUGAGCUUCGGGAUGCUGUGCUGCUUGUUUUUGCUAACAAACAAGAUCUUCCUAAUGCAAUGAACGCUGCUGAAAUAACUGAUAAGCUUGGACUGCACUCUCUCAGGCAGCGUCACUGGUACAUUCAGAGCACUUGUGCAACAUCUGGAGAGGGGCUCUACGAGGGUCUUGAUUGGCUUUCUAACAACAUUGCCAACAAGUCCUAAGGUGACGGAGAGUUUUUGCGGGUUGAUCCUGGAUGCAGGCGUGUUUUUAUCUAGUUUCUUUUCCCAAGUCUGUGGCUAUGAACAUUGUCUUGACAGGCAUUUUGCAUCUUGUUAGGGCUUAAUGAAAUGGCUCUGUAAUACUACAGUUUGGAAAAUAUGUAAUGAUGUUUGUCUAGGUUAAAGUUAAUUUCAUAAAUUUGUAAACAAAGACUAGUUCUUUAUGAGAAUUUUGUUAAUGGUUAAUGAUUGUACUUUCUAUUU